CCAGCAGAGUAGAUAUUUAGCUAGUAGCUAAAUCUCGGGUAGUUAACGUUACUGAAGUAACCCGUGACUCACAGGCUGUGUGAGUGAUAACCUGCAGCCAUGGCAUCUGUUUUAGAUGCUCUCUGGGAAGACAGAGACGUUAGAUUCGACAUAACGGCGCAGCAGAUGAAAACUCGUCCAGGAGAGGCGCUGAUAGACUGUUUGGACUCCAUAGAAGACACGAAGGGAAACAACGGAGAUCGAGGCCGGCUGUUGGUAACAAACCUGAGGCUCAUUUGGCACUCUCUGGCCCUGCCAAGAGUCAAUUUGUCUGUGGGUUACAACUCAAUCAUUAACAUCACAACAAGGACAGCUAACUCAAAACUGAGAGGCCAAACUGAAGCACUCUACAUCUUGACGAAAUCCAACAAUACAAGAUUUGAGUUUAUUUUCACAAAUGUAGUUCCAGGAAGUCCACGGCUCUUUACUUCUGUCAUUGCUGUACAUAGGGCCUAUGAGACCUCUAAAAUGUACAGGGACCUGAAACUGCGAGCUGCUCUCAUUCAAAAUAAGCAGCUGAGACUUUUGCCACGGGAGCAGGUUUAUGAUAAAAUUAAUGGAGUUUGGAAUUUAUCCAGCGAUCAGGGCAAUCUUGGGACUUUCUUUAUCACAAAUGUUCGGAUUGUGUGGCAUGCCAAUAUGAACGAGAGCUUCAAUGUCAGCAUCCCUUACCUCCAGAUUUGGUCUAUCAGGAUAAGAGACUCAAAGUUUGGCUUGGCUUUGGUGAUAGAGAGUUCACGUCAGAGUGGUGGCUAUGUGCUUGGAUUUAAGAUUGACCCUGUGGAUAAGCUUCAAGAUGCACUUAAGGAAAUCAACUCAUUGCAUAAAGUGUACUCAGCCAACCCUAUCUUUGGAGUAGACUAUGAAAUGGAGGAAAAGCCCCAGCCGCUGGAAGAACUCACAGUGGAACAGCCGCCUGAUGAUGUGGAAAUUGAGCCAGAUGAGCAGACUGAUGCUUUCACUGCCUACUUUGCGGAUGGCAAUAAGCAACAAGACCGUGAGCCAGUUUUCUCUGAGGAGCUGGGGCUUGCCAUUGAAAAGCUAAAGGAUGGCUUCACACUUCAAGGACUGUGGGAAGUCAUGGGCUGAAAUAAUGUACUUGUACAUAGCGUAAUUAUUCAGGAAGUAAUGCAUUUAUUUAUAGCUCGGGCUAAAAGCUGUACAGCUUAUGCAUACAUACUUUUCAUAAUAAGAAAAUUCUGUAUUACAUGCGUGUCAGAUUUAUUGUGGGGUAAUUUCUAUAAAGUAUAUUUUCUUCUAGUGGACAGAAUGUGAAAUAUAAAUCAGUUUGUAUUGUUUAAGAUUGAUAAAUAAAUGUAUUAAAAUAGA